AUGGCCGACGGCAUCGCCUCCAACAACGACAUCGCCGUCCGCAAACGCAAGACUCAUCGCAAGUCUCGCCUUGGCUGUGGCAACUGCAAGAUUCGCAGCGUCAAAUGCGACGAAUCAAAGCCCACAUGCCGCCGCUGUCAAGCAUCCGGCUUCACCUGCAGCUACUCAGGCACCGGCCCAACUCUCCAGCUGUCUCGCUCCAGCGUCUUUAGACUCAGCCUCGCUCCCACUCAAGCCAUACCUGCAUCUACAUCUAUACACGGCCUCUGUCGAGAAGCCCAUCUCCAGCCUGGUCUCCGGAUCCCCAUCGUCCUGCCUCUGCAGGGCAGGCUGGGUGAAUAUGCUCUUCGACCAGAAGACCAUGCCGCCCUGAGCCGGUUCUAUGGCAGGACAGCCUCAUCACUGGGAACCCCCACUAUGAGGGAUGGGUAUUUCAAAGCCGUUCACAACCUUGUAGCUGAACACGCAUUUCUCAUCCACAUCUUGCUGGCCAUCACUCUCCUCCACGACACUCACCUCUCCCAAGACCCCCUCCCUCCAUCUCACUCCCAAUCCCUCGCCUUCCACUGGUAUCACAGCACCGCCAUCCUCAAGCACUUCCUCGCCCUCCCAUCCCCAGCAACAACCCUCUCCUCCACCCACCGGGACGCUCUCUGGGUAUGCGCCUCCAUCCUCGGCGCCACAUCCUUCGCCUCCAUACGCACCCAAGACCCCCUGGCAGCAUGGCCCCUCGCAGACCCAAACCCAGCCGUCGACCUGGACUGGCUGAAGAUGGGCUACGGCAAGAAAGUCGUCUGGGACAUUGCCAACCCGUCUCGCCCGGAAAGCGUCUUCCACAACAUCCUCCACAACACGCCCAUGCAGCAACACAUCGACAGGAGCGCUCCCAUCAGCCCAGGCGUAUUCUCGCCGUUUUUCUACUCCUUCUUCGGCCUCUCGACUCCGACUUCCUCCUCGGAUACAAAUCCCUAUCACCGCGCUUGCGUGAUCUUGUCCAUCCUAUGGCCUAACACAAUCAACGAAGACAAUGCCAUCCUCUUCCUCACAUUCAUUACGCACAUCGAUCCAACCUACAGAUCUCUCCUCGAGGAGAAAGACCCCCGGGCACUGCUCCUCCUCUUAUUCUGGCACUGUCUCGUGGUGCCUCUUGAGAACUGGUGGCUACGUCGACGGUGUGUUGUAGAGGCCAAAGCGAUUUGCAUGUAUCUCGACAAGUAUUGUGCGGAUGAUGAGGGCAUCAUAAAGAUGCUGGAAAUGCCAAAGGAAGUACUGGCUAACUCGUGCUAA